AUGGGGUCUUACAACAACAAGGGGUCUUAUGACCAGGGGUCUUACAAUCAGGACUCUUACAACCAGGACUCUUACCACCGGAGGUCCCAGAACCAGGACUCUUAAAACCAGGGAUCUUACAACCAGGACUCUUACAAUCAGGACUCUUGCAACCAGAACUCUUACAAGCAGGGGCCUUACAAUCAGGACUCUUACAACCAGGAUUCAUACAACCAGGGGUCUUACAACCAUGGAACUUACAACCAGGGGUCUUACAACCAGGACUCUUACAACCAGGGUCUGACAACCAGGGGUCUUACAAUCAGGACUCUUGCAACUAGGUCUCUUACAACCAGGGGUCAUAAAGCCAGAAGUCUUACGAUAAGGACUCUUAAACCAGGACUCUUAAAACCAGGGGUCCUACAUCCAAGUCUCUUAGAACCAUCGGUUUUACCAUAACGACUUAGAACCACAGUUGUUACAACCAGGACUCUAACAACCAGGACUCUAACAACCAGGGGUAUUACAAUCAGCACUCUUACAACCAGGUGUCUUACAAACAGAACUCAUACAACCAGGAGACUUACAACCACAACUCUCGUAACCAGGGGUCUUACAACCAGGGGUCUUAACACCAGGACUCUUACAACCAGGGGUCUUACAAUAGGGACUCUUACAACCAGGACUCUCACAACCAGGGGUUUUACAAUCAGGACUCUUACAACCAGGGGUCUCACAACCAGGGGUCUUACAACCAGGACUCUUACAACCAGGAAUCUUACAACCACGGGUCUUACAAUCAGGACUCUUCCAACCAGGGUUCUUACGACCAGGGGUCUUACAAUAAGGGGUCUUAAAACCAGGACUCUUACAACUAGGCGUCUUACAACCAGGGGUUUUAUAAUCAGAACUCUUAGAACCAGGACUCUUACAACAAGGAGUCUUACAAUCGGAACUCAUACAACCAGGACUCUUACAGCCAGGUGUCUUACAAGCACGGGUCUUACAACCAGGGGUCUACCAAGCAGGGGUCUUACAAUCAGGACUCUUAGAACCAGGACUCUCACAACCAGGGGUCUUACAACUAGGUGUCUUACAAUAGGGACUCUUACAACCUGGACUCUCAGAACCAAGGGUUUUACAAUCAGGACUCUUACAACCGGGACUCUUACAACCAGGACUCUUACAUAAAGGGGACUUACAAACAGGACUCCACAACCAGGGGUCUUAAAACCCGGACUUUUACAACCAGGGAUCUUACAAGCAGAGGUCUUACAACCAUGGGUCUGACAACCAGGGGUCUUACAAUAGGGACUCUUACAAUCAGGACUCUCACAAACAAGGGUUUUACAAUCAGGACUCUUACAACCAGGAUUCUUACAACCAGGGAUCUUACAACCAUGGGUCUUACAAUCAGGACUCUUACAACCAGGGGACUUACAACCAGGACUCUUACAACCAGAGGUUUUACCAUUAGAACUUUUACAACCAGGACUCUUACAACCAGGACUCUUAUAACCAGGACUCUUACAACCAGGGGUCUUACAACAGGGACUCUUACAACCCGGACUCUCACAACCAGGGGUCUUACAACUAGGACUCUUACAACCAGAGGUUUUACCAUUAGGACUUUUACAACCAGGGUUCUUACAACCAGUACUCUUACAACCAGGGGUAUUACAAUUAGGUCUCUUACAACAAGGGAUCUUACAACUAGGGGUCUUACAACCAGGGGUCUUACAACCAGGACUGUUACAACUAGGGGACUUAAAACCAGGACUCUUACAACAAGGGGUCUUACAAUUGAGAAUCUUACACACAGGACUCUUAGUAAGAGCGGUCUUACAAGCAGGGGUCUUACAAGCAGGGGUUUUACAAUCAGGACUCUUAAUAUCAGGGCACUUAGAACAAGG